UGUGUCAGAUCUUAAGGCUGUUUCAUUUAAAAAAUGUUGGAGUCGACUCUGAGUUUGAUUCCAUGUGCUGAAUGUAAAUGGAGUCGAAUUGAAGAGUCAGUUGUGCACGACGAUGAAAUGAGCCGCGUUUGAAUAAAACCUGACGUUCCAUGUGUUUCAUAUGGAAUCAAUAUGGAUGGAGCCUGUAAUUUACUCUGUCUGUUGUCUUAGUUAACCUGAACAAUCCUGAAAAACAAUGCAGUUCAGUUAGCAAUGUCAUUUGGAGCGCUAGCUAAAAGGGACUAAACAUGUCGACUCCCAUGUCAACUCCUUUUUUUUUUUUUUUUUUUUUUUGCUUUCUGUGAAAAAAUAAACAAAACAAUAACCCUGGAAAAAUCAAAUCAAACAAAACAAACAAACAGACAAAAAAACAACAGCAGAUAAACAACAGCCCCGGAAUCUCCUAUUGUCUGCGUGCGACGUGGAGCCGGAGUCGGUUCUCUGGGUGGAGUCGACUCCCAAGCUUUGGUUUCGACUCUCGAUUACUAAUUCCUGGAUUCGGAGAACCGACUCUUUUGGGAUCGACUUCCAGCUCUCGGGAGAUCGAAGAAGAAUGUGAGAAGUCGGUCCGAAGGAGUGGUGAGUAUAGAAGAGAAACGUUUACAAAGCAAAAUUAUAAACGCAUGUAGAAACUCUGGGCAAAGAGGAAUGGACACGAAGCCCUUGAAUUCUGGACACCACGACACAGAAGCGGCGGCGGGUCAGACAGCCUCGAGCAGAAAGCCCUGGAGUUCAUGCAGUGCUGGGUCCAGCACGGACACUUCAGACAGUCCUACAGGUGCUCAUGUUGAAUGGUGCAAACAGCUGAUUGCAGCCACAAUGUCAAGUCAGAAUCCUGGAGCCAUCACUUCAGAGGCCAUGUCUCGAGACUAUAAGGAUUAUGAUGGUGGAAUUUUCUUGGACAGCGAUGCUCAGCAUAAAGACUCCUCCUUGGCGCUGAGGGAAGGCAAUAAGCAAGCGAUGCUGGAGGAGGCUCCUCGUGUACCUGGGGAGACCAUCAAAGCUAUAGCCAAAAAUGUUAUGUACAUCUGUCCUUUCUCUGGAGCUGUGAGUGGCACACUGACCAUCACCGACUACAAGCUUUACUUCAAGAGUCUCGUUCGAAAUCCUCCUUUUGUACUGGAUGUAAACCUGGGCGCUAUCAGCCGCUUGGAGACUAUUGGGGUGCAAAGCCACGGAGAAAACACUCGAGGCCUAGAGAUAGUCUGCAAAGACUUGAGGAACCCAAGAUUUGCCUAUAAAAAGCAAGAACAGAGCAAGCUGGAAAUCUUUGAGAUGUUAUCCAAGUAUGCGUUCCCUCUCUCCCAUGACUUGCCUCUCUUUGCAUUCAAAUACCUGGAGAAGUUUCCAGAAGAUGGAUGGAAGGUUUAUGAUCCUAUAGCUGAAUACAAGAGACAGGGUCUGCCCAAUGAGAGCUGGUUUAUCAGUAAGAUCAACAGCAAUUACGAGGUGUGUGAGACAUACCCAGCUCUGCUUGUCCUGCCCUCCAGCAUCAAUGAAGACGAGCUCAGGAGAGUCGCUGCCUUCAGGGCCAAACGUCGCUUUCCUGUACUCUCAUGGAUCCAUCCAGAGAGUCAGGCAGCCAUAGUGCGUUGUGGUCAGCCUCAGGUGGGCCCCUUAGACCGCCGCUGUAAGGAAGACGAACGAUACCUCCAGACCAUCCUGGAUGCCAAUGCCCAAUCACACAAACUCUGCAUCUUUGAUGCCCGUCAAAGCAGCGUGGCUAUCACAAACAAAGCCAAAGAUGGUGGCUAUGAGAAUGAGAGUUUCUAUCCCAACGUAGAAUUGAACUUCCUGGAGAUUCCCAACAUGCACGUCAUUAGGGAGUCCUUACGCAAGCUGAAGGAAGUGGUGUAUCCUGCCAUCGAUGAACAGCGGUGGUUCUCCUCUGUGGAUGCCACACAUUGGCUGGAGUACAUCAGGCUGUUGCUAGCUGGUGCAGUGCGGAUAGCUGAUCGAAUUGAGUCGGGGAAGAGUUCAGUGGUGGUGCACUGCAGUGACGGCUGGGACCGCACAGCUCAGCUCACCUCCCUGGCCAUGCUGAUGCUGGACUCGUAUUACCGCUCACUGAGGGGCUUCCAGGUGCUGCUGGAGAAGGAGUGGCUCAGCUUAGGACACCGUUUCUCCUCGCGUGUAGGGCAUGGUGAUGAGAAUCAUGCUAACUCGGAGCGCUCUCCUCUGUUUCUGCAGUUCAUAGACUGUGUUUGGCAAAUGACCAGACAGUUUCCCUCAGCAUUUGAGUUCAAUGAGCUGUUCCUCAUUACUGUAUUAGAUCAUCUCUACAGCUGCUUGUUUGGGACCUUCCUCUACAACAGCGAGCAGGAGCGAAUCUCAAAGGGGGUGUUUACUAAGACUGUGUCACUGUGGUCAUACAUAAACAGUCAGGCUGAGGACUUCACCAACCCACUUUAUGUAAAUUAUGAACAUCAUGUUUUGUACCCGAUGGCCAGUCUAAGGCACCUGGAACUCUGGGUGAGCUACUAUGUACGCUGGAACCCUCGCAUGAUGCCACAGGUGCCUAUUCACCAGCAUCUGAAAGAACUGCUAGUUGUGAAGACAGAGUUGCAGAGAAAAGUGAAGGAGCUCCAGAGAGAAGCUUCUUCGUCUCGGUCACUCUCCUCAUCUCCAGACCUUGGGGGAACAGCUAUGCAAACCACUGUCUGAUACACAUAGAGACAUGACUGACUCUGCAAUAUUCUCAGCUCUGACAGUAGUGCCAGGUGGUGGUUGCUCCACAAAAAAAUGGAUUAAAAAAUGUGUAUAAUCAUUGACAAUUUUUUUUUAGCAUUUUCACUGACAUUUUUUAAUGGUCAGAGGAAAAGCUAUAACUUUACCUUUUCUGACAUGGGAGAUUCUUCAGACAGAGGACUUUGUGCCUUUUUUUCAGUAACAUGACAAGCUACAUUUUCUAUUUUAUUAACUUCAAGAGAAAGAAAAAAGAGACUGAUGAGAGAACAACUGUUUAUUACAUAAGUGAUCAGAGUAACUAACUUCAAUUUUAUUUGUAUCAUGCUUUUAACAAUGGACAUUGUCACAAAGCAGCUUUACAGAAAUAUGUAAACUCCGGAUAUAAAUUUUAAAUUGCUCAUUAUCACAUAAUGGUUAAAGACAAUGUACACUGUCUUACUCUAACUCUUAUCGAAGACAUUCCACAGUAUUAAAUGUUACUAUAAACGAUAUAAAGUACAGCAGUUCAUUCUUUAUUUAAUACAAAGUUGUACUCCGUGGCAAACUGGUGUGGUAUAAGAGGAAUACAGCACUUCAGAAUGUGCCAUGAUCAGAAAAUAUUCAACUUUGCAUGCUUCAUGUUGAGCUGCAUCACACCACCACAUCGUUGAUUAUUUUUCAAUAACAGCACUUGCUAUCUUGCUUUAUUUCGUAAUAUUAAUAAUACAACUUUAAUCGUAUUAAAACCUCAUUAAUAGCACAAUUCACCAGAAGUGUAAGAAAUGCAGUAUACCAAACCAGGUUUUAUCUGCUAAAUAUAUAAUGCUGAACUGAACAUGGUGCUGUUCACAAUCUGAUUCUUUUUUUUUUUUGGAUAAGACCAAGACUACACACUCCCACUACCAGCAGCGUUAUGAGGGAGGUAAUCUGCAUCUGCAUUUUAAUGCCUACUUCCUUUGAUCCUGAUAGUAAAUAUUUGGUAGUAAAUGUAUGCUUUUACUUUGCCUAUUUUUUAUGAUUGUUUAAUAAAAUGG